AUGGGCGGAGCAGAGACAAUGGCCGGCAUCGAUGUACCUGCCGAGCGAUCACACGGAUCCUACGCAACACACAACACUCCGCUCUACACUUUUGGGGACAAGACGGCUGGGGAUGGCCAGCUCCACCGCUGCCGAGAUUGGAAUGAGCUUCGCGAUUUUGCGACCGAGAAUACUGCCUGCUAUCGGGAUUCUGUGGGGGAUAUUCCUCUUGGAGAACAUUUCGGAUAUUGCGAUGAGGGGGUUGAUGGUCUGACCGCAGCUUGA